UAUGCAUCAAACAUCUGUCCUUGUCAAUCGUUCGUUCCCUUGACUACUUUUUCUGUCUUUUCUUCCUUUCUUGCCUUUUCAGCAGUCAUCCCUCGUCUAUUCGCAGGUCGAAUUGAUUGUCUAUCUCGGCUUUGCGGUCCGCAGUUGAGAGAGCUAAUACAUCUUUACGCGCAAGACAUCUGUUCUUAUUGAAUUUGGACUCGGCACACGACGCGAUUUGGAUGCUAGAAUACCCUGGAUUUAGAUAUAUAUCAGAGAAUAGAAACGCAUUCAAGAAAGAGCUAGUAUUUGGUAUUGGCAAACAUGUCUUCAAAACAAAAGACACCCAAGAAGCCCAAGGCAACCAAGGAGGUAGAGAAACCAAAGGCAGCCGAGAAACAACCACUCCCCGCCUCAACGCUCCUCAAGAACGCCGGACGAGCAGCAGCACUUCUAGUCAUUGCCGGCAUCGCCUCUCCAGUCUCGCAGCUCAACUUAUCUCCCGUCUAUGGAUCUAUUCCGGCGUCGUUGCACCACAAGUGGGCCACGACAUUCACCGUCAUCGCAGCCCUGGUAAACCGGCGAGCGCUGAGGAGAUACAUAUCUACACGCAAUGCCGUAUACAUCGCCGUGAUCGCCUUCUGGACCCCGGUCAUCCAAUGUCUUUUGUUCCCCCACAGCAGCACGCUCAGCAUCGAAUACGGGCCUCUGGUCAUCGAAUCGCUUACCUAUUUCCCGCUGCUGUUCCUGUCAGUAUACGCUGCGGGAGGUCUGCUCGACUCCAUCGACCCGUCACGCUUCAACCUCCCACCCGCAUUGGGUGAGCUCGCCAUCCCAGCGGCGUCCUAUUUCACCGUGUCCAGCGUGGCCAAACUCGCCGGCGCAACACUACCGGGUGUCAUCGGCUCCCGCGUAUACUUGACGCGUAUCGGCCUGCAGACCCUCAUCGCAUCUGCCUCUGCCCUCCUGACCCCUUCGCUCACCAUUCUCCUCGCUGUGCCUGCCCUUCUCCACACGUUGACGCUGAACCCGCAUUCCCCCUCCUCCUACGCUCUGCAACGCGCAAACGCGACGCUGUCCGCAACGCAAAACUACACCGUUCUUGCACGCCAGGAAUCCAUAACGGGCUACGUUUCCGUGCUCGAGAACUCUGCCGACAAUGCAUUCCGUCUUCUGCGCUGCGAUCACUCGCUCCUCGGCGGUGAAUGGCUCGUGACUCCGUCCGCAUAUUCAAAAGGCCAGCGCCAGCAAGAGACGAUAUUCGCUGUUUUCGUUUUGCUGGAGGCUGUUCGUCUCGUGGAGCCGCCGACCUCUAUGCCCGUGAUUCCAGACAACAAGAAGAAGGCGCUGAACAUCGGGCUGGGGAUCGGCACAGCACCCAACGCCAUGAUCGGCCACGGAAUCAACACGACAAUCGUCGAGCUCGACCCCGCCGUCCACGAGUACGCAACGGAAUACUUCAACCUCUCGCCCAACCACAACGCCGUGCUAUCCGACGCCGUCGCCUUCGUAGCAGAAACUUCCGUCUCCCACCCCGCGUCCUACGACUACAUAAUCCACGACGUCUUCACCGGCGGCGCCGAGCCCGCCGCGCUCUUCACCACAGAGUUCAUGCAGGGCCUCUCCGACCUGCUCACGCUCGACGGCGUCGUGGCGAUAAACUACGCCGGCGACCUGACGCUCGGCAGCACAAAACUCGUCCUCAACACCAUCCACGCCGUGUUCCCCGCCUGCCGCCUCUUCCGCGACUCGCCGCCCAACGAGGGCGCAAAGCCAGGAGACCCGGACUUCAUCAACAUGGUGAUUUUCUGCGUCAAGAUGCCGCGCAACAUGCCUACGCGUGGACCCCACGGCACGAAGAAGAUCGGCACCCCGCCGAUUACUUUUCGUCGCGCGGUUCGAGAGGACUUUUUGGGCAGCAUUGCGCGCCAGAAUUUCUUGCAGCCGCGGCCGGAGCUGGAGGUCAAGUAUUCGUAUGAGUCUGGGGAUCAGGUCAUGGGACGUGGGGAUGUGGGCGAGUUGGAGAAGUUCCAUGAGCAGGGUGCUGUGAGCCAUUGGCGGAUUAUGAGGACUGUGUUGCCGAGUGGGGUGUGGGAGAUGUGGUGAUUUGUGGGUUUAUUGAAGCCACAUAUGUGUUGUUCGUUUUGUAGACUAUGUGUUGGUAGAAUGUCUGCACAGUUUUAGUAUGUUCAAAUGCAGGUCGUGGAGCAGAAGGCAUGUUUCGUUCUCAAUGUGCUGCUGGUUGCUGUGGUGUACAUGACUACCGUCAGUACUAUCGUUGCCGUAUAACUUAGCAACACU